CAACUUUUUGAAUGUGUUCGUCUUGUAACCGUAAAUAAUUAAGUAUUGUUUAAUUUUACCAGUGAAUUAAAUUUUAAGGCUUAAAAAUGACCGGGACAAAAGCUCCCACAGUCAUUAGUGUCAGUGACAUUAACGCUGACAGAAUUACAGAGCUUGCUGAGAAAUAUUGGGCGCCUCAUUCUACUGAAAGUCAUUUGGAAUAUGAUCCUAAUGUUGUUGAGGAUAUUUAUAUGCAGGAUAUUAGGGGUAGCAAUUUUUCCAUACGCAGGAUUAUGGUAUUAGAAUUUAGCCAGUAUCUAGAGAACUAUCUAUGGCCAAAUUACAAACCAGGUGCAUCUUAUGCCCAUAUGUUAUCAAUUGUAGCAAUGGUGAAUGAAAAGUUUAGAGAACGAGUACAAGUUUGGCAAGCUUUUCGGAAGCAAAGUGAAUUCUUUGGCGAAUUUUUCCAACAAGUUCUGCAAGCUUUAUUGGAAGAUGAACUCUUAGUGAAUAUUCGCGAACAAACUGCCUUGUUGGUGUUUUUAAAUCAUUGUUUUAACUCCAUGGAAGAGGCAUUAUGUCGUGAUCAAGCUAAACGUUUGGUGUCGUUGUCAAUGUGGGUUUCAUUGCAGCCUGCAAGACGUGAGCAGGAGUUCAAGAAGUAUCCAAAAUGGAGAAAAUAUUGGAGAGCCAUCCAGAGAAAAGACAAACCAGAUCAAAUUGAGAGAUUGACUUGGGAAAGGACUUUUUUGCAUAAAUUAAUGCUAAAAUUCAUGGAUAUAUUGGAUACCAUUACUGAGCAUGGGAUCUGUCCCAAAGAUAAAGUUCAUUAUUGUGAAAGGUUUUUGGAAUUGGUCACCGAUUUAGAGGCUCUAUUACCUACAAGGAGGUUUUUUAACACUGUAUUGGAUGAUUGCCAUUUAGUUGUAAGAUGCCAAUUGUCUGGAUUAAUUAAAAGGGCUGAGGGACACCUAUUUAGUCAGCUUCUCGAUAUGCUGAAAUUUUACACAAGAUUCGAAAUAAGCGAUGAAUCAGGCGAUCCUUUAACUGAUCAUGACAUGACCCAGCUGCACUACUCCAAAAUUACUUCUCUUCAAAAGGCGGCGUUCGCAAAAUUUCCUGACCUACGCAGCUUUGCGUUAGCGAAUGUAGCCAGCGUUGAUAACAGAAAAAGCUUGAAUAAGCAUUUUGCUUCACUAAGUAAAGACAAAUUGAGACUAAUAGCCGAAUACCUUAACUUGGUACCACCGAAAAACGACGAGGAAAACUUCAAAUGGUGUCGGCUGGAUGAAGACUUCCUGAGGGAACUUUUGAUAUCACGCCAUGAAAAAAGAUCCUCCCAACUGGAGGCCCUCAACGAAAUGCCUCUGUACCCCACCGAGGACAUAAUAUGGGACGAAAAUGUCGUUCCAACUGCGUAUUUCUCGGGCGAAGGAUGUUUGGCUUUGCCAAAGCUAAACCUGCAGUUUUUGACUUUGCACGAUUAUUUACUGAGAAAUUUUAAUUUGUUUAGACUGGAGUCCACUUGUAAGAAAUCCGAAGACGAUAGCGUGUUCUGGGGAGGCUGGGCGCGAAUGGCGCAGCCGAUACUAAACUUCGCAGUGGUCGAGGUUGCCAAACCGAACAUAGGCGAAAAGAGACCGAGUCGCGUACGCGCUGACGUCACGGUUAACCUGAACGUGCGACCCGAAAUCAAAACAGAGUGGGAGAACCUGAGAAAACACGAUGUCUGCUUUUUGAUAACUGUCAAGCCACCAAACACAAUAGGCACAAAAUAUAAUUACAAAGAGCCCUUUAUUCCACAAGUGGGUUUGCAAGCCAUUAGAGGAUGUGAGGUUGAAGGUAUGCUAGAUAGCAAUGGAAGAGUUAUUGAGGAUGGACCUGAACCCAGACCUGUAUUACCAGGUGAUAGAAGAACAUACAGGGUGUGGUUGGAUUGUAAUCAGUACAUAGAUGAUAUGAAUAAUACUAAUCAAGGAAAGGAGGAUAUAUAUGAAGGUUUCAACGUGCUCAUGCGCAGAAAGCCGAAAGAAAACAACUUCAAAGCCGUCCUUGAAACGAUCCGCGAGCUAAUGAACACCGAGUGCGUCGUGCCCGAUUGGCUGCACGACAUCAUACUCGGCUACGGCGACCCGAGCGCCGCCCACUACAGCAAAAUGCACAACCAGAUCGCCACGAUGGACUUUAACGACACGUUCAUCGAUAUGGCGCACCUGCGCUCGUGCUUUCCCGGCUACGAGAUCGCCGUCAAGACCGACGACCCGCGGAAGUUGACGAGGCCGUUCAAGUUGACGUUUAAGGAUUUGGGCCAGGAUGAGGAGGAGGAGGAGCAGGAAAAGAAGAAGGUUAUCGUGGUAGAGCCGCACACCAUACCCAGAAGAGGCCCGUAUUUGUUUAACGAACCUAAGAAAACUCACGAACAAAAUCGCCUUAGCAUAUGUUUGAUUUGUAAGAAAAAACCCAAAAAUCAGUAUUUUAAAACUACAGGCAGCAUAGGAAGUGGAAUAAAAACAUUGUUUCCCGAUUUCGAUAUAGGAGAUUCAAGAUUACCAGCUGCAGUUCGCAAUGCAUGCCGAUUGGGAAUUAAAAGAGCUAGUGCAAAUCCAGAUUUACGGAGCGCUUUUAAAAUGCCAGAUUAUUCGAAGUAUCGCGAUAACAUGAAAACUCGUGCAUCAAAUUCUGGGUAUGAAUGUGAGUGUACUUUAUGUGAUGAAAUAAGAGCAAAACAAGGAAAUUGUGACGCUUUGAAUGCUAAUAAGAAAAAAAAAUCAAAAGAUUCCAAAAGGAUAUGCUCGAAGUGUUUAACUUUGAUAGGUAGACGCAUUAGUCACAAAUGCAACUCAACCAGAUUGAUCAAUAAUGUUCAACAAAAUUUGAACAAUGAAAAAGAAACUGAACAUUUGACUUCUCGAUUAUUAAAAAAACAAAUAAUUAUGAAGAAGAAAUUAAAUCCAAAAGCGCAAGCUGGAAAUACAAACAUUGAAUUAUCCCUCUCGCAGCAGCAUGGUAACUCACUAAAUGUUACAGUUAAUCCAAAAGAAAAAAAUCAAGUACGUCAGAUUUCUUUUGAUGAUUUUUGUGAACUACAGAGCGAUUUGAAUGUUUCUGAUCGACAUGUACUUAAAUUUUCCAAAUUUAUUAGAGAAAAGACCACUCUAAAAAGUGUUAUUGAACCUCACUGUCGUGAAAAAGUGGUAAAAAAUUCCCACAAAUUAGACGAAUUUUUUGCUGUUCAUUCUUUUGACUUCGAAGCUACAAAAAAAGGAGUAGUUUCUAAAAAUCCAAGCUCUGCUGUUAUGUGUAUUAAUUUAAUGUUAUUCAUUCAACAUGUCAUGGAAAUACGAGAUAUUUUUAAUUUUCACUUGAAUUUCGGUAUUGACGGUGGCGGGGAGUCUUUGAAAUUUACUGUAUCUGUUCAAUCAAAAAAUGAGACAUUAAAAAUUAUUAACAAGUGGAAGGACACCGGAGUAAAAAAGAUAUUUAUUAUUGCUCUUGCUCCCAAUAUUCAAGAAAAUUACAAUAAUGUUGCAAAUAUUUGGUCAAAGUUGAAAAUAAAUGAAUGUUUAAAUGAAUAUCCCGCAACAAUAACAACUGAUUUGAAACUUUCAAACAUAAUUACUGGUUUGUCAAGUAAUGCAAGUUAUUAUCCGUGUAUUUGGUGUGAUGUUAGCAAAGAUAAUUUAGCUUCGUGUGGUAAUUUAAGAACGACCGAAAGCUGUCUUCAAAAUUAUAACAACUGGUACAAUAAAGGAAGUGUCAAAAAGAAUGCUAAAUACUUUAAAAAUUGCAUUCACCCUCCCUUGUAUUGUUCUGGCGAUGAUAUAUUGAUUCUAGAUGUUAUGCCCCCCCCAGAGCUGCACCUUUUACUAGGUUGCGUUAACAAACUUUAUACUCAUUUACAUGAAUGUAAUCCUGAUAUUGCUAAAAAAUGGGCUCAACAAUGUAAUGUUGAAAAAAAAAACAUGAUCCAUUUCACUCCCACCCAGGUGGAGGCUAUAAAAUCCGGCAUGCAACCGGGCCUUACUCUCGUCGUGGGCCCGCCCGGUACCGGUAAAACCGACGUGGCCGUCCAAAUUAUCUCCAACAUCUACCACAACUACCCCAACCAACGCACGCUGAUCGUAACGCACUCCAAUCAAGCUUUGAAUCAGCUUUUCGACAAAAUCGUAGCUUUGGACAUUGACGAGAGACACUUGCUGCGUUUGGGGCACGGAGAAGAGGCGUUGGAGACGGAAAAAGAUUUCAGUAGGUACGGGAGAGUGAACUAUGUUUUGGCGAAACGCUUAGACUUGUUGGUGCAAGUGCAAAAGUUACAAGAGUCGUUGAAAGUUGACGGUGACGUUGCUUAUACAUGCGAGACCGCCGGCCAUUUUUAUCUCUACCAGAUUUUAUCCAGAUGGGAGCAUUUCCAAAGCGUUGUUAGACCAAAGACUGGAAAAGAAGUCGCGAUUAAAACUAUAGCAGAUGAGUUUCCGUUCCAUCAGUUCUUCCAGGAUGCACCUCAACCCCUCUUCAAAGGAGUUUCAUUUGAGGACGAUUUAGAAGUAGCCGAAAGUUGCUUUAGAUUCAUAGACCACAUCUUUAAGGAACUGGAAGAGUUCAGAGCAUUUGAACUGCUUAGAUCUGGUCUAGACAGAUCCAAAUACCUCUUGGUAAAAGAGGCGAAAAUAAUCGCGAUGACUUGCACGCACGCCGCCUUGAAACGUAAAGAACUCGUCGAAAUCGGUUUCAAAUACGACAACAUCCUGAUGGAGGAAUCCGCGCAAAUCUUGGAGAUCGAAACGUUCAUUCCGCUGCUGCUGCAGAAUCCUCAAGAUGGUUACAACAGGUUGAAACGAUGGAUCAUGAUCGGUGAUCAUCACCAGUUGCCGCCUGUGAUCAAAAACAUGGCGUUCCAGAAGUAUUCCAACAUGGAGCAGAGCUUGUUCACCAGAGAUGUAAGACGUCUAGUGGUGGCCAUGUCAAGAGCCCGUUUGGGUCUUUACAUUUUCGCUAGGGUAUCACUUUUCCAAAAUUGUUUCGAGUUGACACCAGCAUUCAAACAGUUGACGGAAAGGCCAACAAAACUACAAGUAGUUGUUAAUGAACUACACCCAACAAAUAGACUAAAUAAUCAUUUACCACAAAAACCCAUGGAGGUGCAGGAUAUGACGCAUAUGGCUAACUUUGUUUAUAAAUACUACAUGGAAAGUCAGAAACAAAUAAAACAGUAUUAUGAGCAAAGUCAAAAAACUUGGGAAAAACCAGGGACAGUAGCGACAAAAUCGCACGAAACUUUCAUAUCAACUCAUCCCGGUGAAGAUCGCGAUACCGACAGCGAAGAUGAAGCAGAAGGAAAAGUUUUUCCAACCCCAAUCCAGGAUGAACCAAUUGAAGACGAACCCGUUAAACCUGAAGAAUCUAAUCCAUCAGAAGAACCCGUUCCAAUGGAGGAACCCCUUCCAAUGGAAGAACCCGUUCCGAUUGAAGAACCCCAGGAAAAUGAAGAUUCACCACAUCAAACUGAAGGACCAACAGAAGAUUUAAGAAUGGAAGUUACAGAUACAGGGGAAGCCAUUAAUGAUGAAUAAAUACAAUA